AUGACCAUUCAAGUGUCAACGCCAAAACCUUUCGAUAGAGACACUCGAGGAGGGUUAUCUCAAAACGCUCCGGAUUGUAUCACUUGUAAACUUCCAAAAGAAACUGUAUCAUCAGUACUUAAGAAUACAAUUGGAUACAGACAUCAUCACGCAGAAAUUGAAUAUCUUUUGAAGGACCUAAACCUUGUUACUGUUCCUUUAGUAGCAUGGCGUAAUCAAUCAGGACAAUUUUUGGGUAUUGACGAUAAUCAGUCUGGAACUUUAGGGUUUUCCGAUGGUGAUCAACACAAUAAUGAUGUGAUUCCAAGAUCAGAACAACUCUUUUUAUUCGUUCCACAUUUGG